AAAAUACGCCAAAACUGCUGUCAUCUCUGUGUGCUGACCGCAUUUUGUAUAUUGAAGUGAAUACAACUCGCCGCCCUCAACUGCAGCAGCAUAUCAACAUCAACAUCAAUAUCAAUAUUCCAUUUGGCUUUCUCCACCAUAUCAAUCAUCAUUCGUCUCAACUAAAUACUACGAUUCUUCUUGAAUUUUCAAAAAGAGAAAUGGGAAUUUCAUCAGAGAUGAGAAGGGAGUCUUUGUUGAUUGCUUCUGCUUAUGAGGAGGACAGAAUUCGCAAGUCUAGGGAAUGUACUCAAGAGGGUGUCCGUGCAGGAACUAAAGCAGCCGCAAUUGCAUGUGUUGCUAGUGCUAUUCCUACGUUGGUUGCUGUGCGGACAAUUCCUUGGGCAAAGGCAAAUCUCAAUUAUACUGGUCAAGCACUCAUCAUAUCUGCUGCUUCGAUUGCUGCAUACUUUAUUACUGCUGACAAGACAAUCUUGGAAUGUGCAAGGAGAAACACUCACAAUGAUAAAUCUGAUUAAAAGACACUGGUCGGGAGAUCCUAAUGCGCUUUUUGUGUGUGCUCCAUUACUGUGUACUCUGUCUUAAAAGGAUAUUAAUGAAAGUUUUAUGAAUUUCUUCAUCUUUGCACAAAUUUACUAGUUUUGGAUUUGCAUCAUUUAUGAGUAAUUUUCUUCUUCCUUUUAUGAUAAUCUUGUUACUUGUUCUUCUUUUUGCAUCAUAUAUGAGUGAUUUGUCAUUCUCAGAUGAGAAGCUAUCAACUGCUGAUAUAAUGAUUUUUCUGGUGAA